GAUUCUUGCGGAAACUCAAAACUUCAACUGUCAAAAAUUUUCAAAGAGUUGUGGGCAAAUCUAUUUAUUUAUUAGCCAUUAGCAAAUAUUGAACACAAUAUGAUUUUAAUAUUCGUACACUGUCAUCGACGUUGAAAUGAAAAAGAGCGUCAGUUUAGAAAAGAUAUAUGAUGCAGAAAUAGUGUCUCAUGUAAGAAACAGCUCUUAUAUACGCCGAUUUCCCGACGUUAUAAUUGCUCCCAAGAGAAGACUUCGGAACACGCUCGAAAAUUAUAGUGAAAUAUAUUCCAUCGUCAUUCGGCCUAAACUUCACAGGAGUUGUUCUUUUUCUGAGCUGGCCACCAACUGCAGCGACAGCAGCUUUGUCAAACAAACAAACGGUAUAUCAGUGCAGAGAUACAGUAGUAAAUCGUUCUAUGAGCAAUCAGGAGACGCUGUGGUGAAGUACUGCUCGAACUCUACGUCCAGCACUGCACACACUCACAUGUCGUGGAAUCAUAAGGGAAAGUCGCAAAAGAAGAAAACAGCGAUGAACGAAGACACGUAUGGUUCAAAGUUUGCUAAGGAGUUCGCUCAAAGCAACCAAAUAGAUUUAGCGCCCGAAAGUAGCCACCCGGAGGACUCCAGCGCGGAGAGUUCUGAUCAUGACGCCUACAGGCGCAAAAUGUUUCCCUUCAAAAGCACUCCGAGUGGUAAUCUAAAGGUGCAAUCCAAUCAGGUAGUAUUUCAGUCUUCGACCGUGGGCGUUCUUUUGGCAGACCCUACACAGGCUAAAGUAAAAGUAAAAUUUGAAGGAAAAGCAGCAGGCGAACCGGAUGACGACAGCGAAAUUAACGACCCAUCGGGCACAUGUCACAGCGAAUGUGGUGGCAAGCCGAAACUGUCCGAAGCGAAACAUGCGAAAGGCAAGGACUUGGAGAGCUUCGGCUUCGCACAGUACGAGCCGGUGGACUGGCUGCGAGUCCAGUUACCCAAGAAACAGGAUCUCUUUCAGGAGUUCUAUCGACGUGUACAUAACUACGUCAACACCGACACAGUAAUUCACAUCGGCGAUGAAGAAUUCCACUGUCAUCACAUAGUAUUGCAAGUGUAUUCGGCAUUUUUCAAUGCUAACACGCAAAAGGAUAUUACACUGCCAGCAGCUCGCGUCACGCCACAGGCGUUUCAAACGUUAUAUGAAUGGAUGAUUUUCAGCGGACCGGAAAGCAACCGGGUACUUAAACGGGAAAAUAUACUGGCACUAUUUUGCGCAGCACAGUUUCUGGCUAUUAAAGAUUUAGAAGAUCAAUGUUGGGCGUUCAUUGCUAACGAGUCCUUGAUAAACGAAGAUACGGCAUUUGCGUUGUUUCGAGAAGCACGGGCAAAAGGCAUCAAGGAAGUCAUGGAUUUAAUGGUACCACGGGUACAAAGGUUUUUCCUACCUUUGGUGGCAUCGAGAGAUUUCUUUGGUCUAGAAUUGGAUGAGAUCUUAAUGUUCUUAAGAUCAAAUUACAUCUGCGUCACCAGUGAGAUAGAAGUCCUAAUGGCUGGAGUGCGAUGGCUGCACGGCGACUGGCCGGAGCGGCGACGGCACGCAGCCGACGUGAUGCGCUGCGUGCGUUUCGGCCUAAUCUCGCCCUGGCAGCUAGUCGACAUCAAGCGGAAUCCCGACAACGCUGAGAUUCUGGAGAUCGUCAACGACCCUGACGUUCAGCAGAUGGUCGACGAUGGACUUGCCUACGUCAUCAUAAAAUACUGGUACGGCAACAACUCCAAGAACUAUUACCAUUGGAUAGAUGUUCUUGGUCUCACGGAACCAGCUGAAAGGAAUUGGAUUGGAGAAGAAACGAAUCAUAUCACGUUCAAGGACUUCCUGAAAUACCUUGAACAGUUCAUGGCGCCCAAAGACCAAGUUUACCAGCAGAUGGCCCUCAUGCAACCGCCACGGAGAAAUGAUGACAUGCCCGGCAGUCUUCGCGGUAUGGACGCUGAUAUAAUGGACUCACGAAGACCGAAACUGGACUUACCUCUGCCAACGACGCUUAAAGGGUUCACGGGAGAUAAGGAAAAGUUUCCUAUGAGCGAAUUAUUUAUGGAUCAGAGGAAGAAUAAAGACCGUAGUCCGCCUUCGGGCCAGUCUCCGUCGACGGCCCCUCGUGAGGAAGAUCUGGCGAUGCAGAUGAAGAGGAUGCGGACCGUGCUGCACGGCAGGAGCGAGCAGGCAAGAGAGGAUCGAAAGCGAGCUAUACAAAGUAAAUUCCACCUGCCCGCGCACCGUCCGCAACUGCAACAGAUUCAGAUGUGUCUGUUGGAACAAGAUAAUCUGUCGUCGAAACAGCGGGAGCAGGCAUUCGACCCGCCAGAGAAGGACUCCAUUGAAGAACUCAACACCAACCAGAGUGACACAAGCGACUCUGAACACAUAAUGCUUCGCUAUGAGAGACGUCCGAGCGCAGCGGCAGCCUACUUGGCUGCUGCCACAGCUGCUAUGGCCGGCACUAAGGCGCAGACAGAGGCGGCAUCGUCGAGUGCUCAAAAGGCAGCAACAGCAGCAAGUGCGCCGGCGCCGGGGCGACAGAACAACACGAGUCCCACUAUAUCGCUCUUCAACCAAUCCAAGGAAUCUUUGGCAAGGAAGAAUAUGAAUAAAUUAUCAACAUCUGUCCUAGGACCAACUAAUAAGAUCUACACUGCCGAUGGCUCUCUGUUCAACUACAACAGAGAAACUGUGUUAGUGUUUGGAGGCAUCGACCCUCAUGCUAAUUAUGGCCUCGGGAGAAAUACUGGGAAGGAUAUAUUUAGGUUCGAUCCAGUAACUAACACUUGGGAUAUCGUCGGAGAACUUCCCGAGCCGAGACAUCACCAUUCAGUUGCUUUCCUGCGAGGAAGAGUUUAUCUCGUUGGUGGGUCAGAUCCUCGGGACGAUGACACACGUGGCAAAUCAGUAGUGGUGUCUACCGUGUGGAGCUUCGAGCCGGUCACCCGGGCCUGGUUCAGCGAGUCCGGCCUCGCCGUGCCCAGGAAGAACUUCGGCCUCGUCGUCCACAAGAUGGCUCUGUAUGCCAUAGGGGGACAGGAUAAAAAGGGGAGAGUUCUCCGCUCUGUGGAGAAGUUCGACCCGGCCACAGGCUUCUGGAGCGAGGUGCGCUCGAUGGGCGUGGCUCGCAUGGCGGCCGCGGCCACCAAGUACCGAGAGUACAUCUGGGUCGCCGGCGGUAUGACCGGCGAGAAGAAGCGGCCCGUCUGCAAGGUCGUCGAGUGCUACAACUCGGAAACUAACCAGUGGACGGCUAUUUACGACCUGCGGUUUCCGCGCUGCUUCUCCACGCUGUUCGCGAUGAACGACAAACUGUACCUCGUCGGAGGCGCCGGCAAAGUGUCCGAGAAAGAGAAAACUGCGAGCAGUGUCGGUGCUAUAGACUACUGGGAUUGGAAGUCGCGCAGCUGGAAGCAGCAGACAGAGAUGUCUAUUCCGCGCCACGGGCACGCCCUCGCGUACCUCGGCACGCAGAUGAUCAUCAUAGGCGGUGUUACAACUAUCUACAUGCGCGCUCUGAACAACGUGGAGUCGUUCUGCUGUGAACGCGAGGCGUGGAUCAGGGGUGUCGCGUCCAUGCCAUCGCCUCUCUCUGGACACGGCGCCGUCACCCUACCACCGGCAUCGCUCAUGUAACCCUACCUUAACCCUACACUAAAACCUCAUUCAAUGUGAAAACCUGGCAGUUGGGAUGGCUCAAAGUUACCGUCGUUUUGUUAAGCGUUGAAUUGCGAUCCUCCGAACGUGAGUUUUUAAAGUAGUAUAAGAUUCUUGAAACAAAGCAAAGG